GAAAAAAUCGAAAGCAACAAAUUUUUCUUCUUCCUCUCCUCUUUCAAGCUCUCUCAAUCAAUGGCGUCGUCUCUAUCUCCACCGGAAAAAGCAUCGUAUCACCACCGUCACUCCAAAAGAUACUCUUCCUCAUCCACCAACGGAAACGUCGAAUCAUCGGUUUCCGAUUUCGUCAAACGACCGAAAAUCUCUCCUCAGAAUUACAUAUCUUGUUCCGAGAUCGAAUCAGAGUUUUCUCAUCAUGAUCCAGACUUUGCACGAAUCAAUAACGGUAGCUUUGGUUGUUGUCCAUCAUCAAUCCUCGCUUUACAACGAGAUUGGCAACUCCGGUUCCUUCGUCAACCGGAUCGAUUCUAUUUCGACGAACUCAAACCGAAAAUCUCCGAUUCUAGAUCUGUAAUCAAACGGUUAAUCAACGCCGAGCACGACGAUGAAGUCUCGAUCGUUGAUAACGCUACAACUGCAGCUGCAAUCGUUCUUCAACAAACCGCUUGGGCUUUUCGUGAAGGAAGGUUCGAUAAAGGCGACGCGGUGGUUAUGCUUCAUUACGCUUAUGGCUCUGUGAAGAAAUCUGUUGAAGCGUAUGUUACACGCUCCGGUGGACACGUCAUCGAGGUACAGUUACCUUUUCCGGUUAUAUCGGCGGAUGAAAUUAUUGACCGGUUUAGGAUUGGUUUAGAGUCGGGUAAAGCGAAUGGUAGGAGAGUUAGGUUAGCUUUGAUUGAUCAUGUGACUUCUAUGCCAAGUGUUGUGAUUCCGAUUAAAGAGCUUGUGAAGAUUUGUAGAAGCGAAGGUGUUGACCAAGUUUUUGUUGAUGCUGCUCAUGGGAUUGGUUGUGUUGAUGUUGAUAUGAAGGAGAUUGGUGCUGAUUUCUAUACAAGUAAUCUUCAUAAGUGGUUUUUCGCACCGCCUUCUGUUGCUUUCUUGUAUUGUAGGAAAUCAAGUAAUGGUGGUGGUGGUGUUGCGGAUUUGCAUCAUCCUGUUGUGUCGAAUGAGUAUGGGAACGGUUUGGCGGUUGAGAGUUCGUGGGUUGGAACUAGAGAUUAUAGUGCUCAGUUGGUGGUUCCUUCGAUUUUGGAGUUUGUGAAUCGGUUUGAAGGUGGGAUUGAUGGUAUUAAGAAGAGGAAUCAUGAGUCUGUUGUUGAGAUGGGUCAAAUGUUGGUUAAGUCUUGGGGGACUCAGCUCGGUUGUCCGCCUGAGAUGUGUGCGAGUAUGAUCAUGGUCGGGUUGCCGGUGUGUUUAGGAGUGUCGAGUGAUUCAGAUGUUUUGAAGCUUAGAACGUUUUUGAGAGAAAAGUUCAGAAUUGAAAUCCCGAUCUACUUUAGGCCACCUGGGGACGGAGAGAUUGAUCCGAUCACGGGGUAUGUGCGUAUUUCUUUUCAAGUUUACAACAAACCUGAGGAUUAUCAUAGGCUCAGGGACGCAAUAAACGGGCUUGUAAGAGAUGGGUUCAAAUGCACGUCUCUAUCUGGUUGAAUAAGGUACGCUUUUAGGUUUUAGUAACCAAUACCAUAUUUUGCUUUCAUAAUAGUCGUUUCUUGCCAAUAAACCUGAUUCUUCUAGUUUCUCAACAAUCAUAUUGAUCAUUGCAGAACAUUUAUCUCCAUAAAAACAUGACUAAAUCUUGAUUAGCAUUUCAUUUCUUUGUUUUUAUCAUCAACUUGGUCCCGGUGUUAUUAGAAACGUGAAGGAGCACCUAUAUUGUUGGCCUGUUGGGGAACAUUGUGUUUUGUUUUCCUCUUAGUAAGCAUUUGUGAGGCAUGAUUCUAAGAACAUCGUAAUAGUGUAAUGUUUUCAUCAUCGUUUCACUUAUCUCGUCUAUUAUGUAUUAACCAGGGCAUCAAGCUUUUAGAGCAAACGAAUCAUCCUGAAAGUUAUCAUGGUUUAGGUACCAUGGAGCUUCAUGAGAUUUGGAAGAAGUGAAGUAACCUCUCUAUUUCCAUACUCAUAUCUCUCAACAUAAACUUCUUAUACAGUAAUGAUGUAUGAGAAAACUAAGUUUUCUUCUGUUUCCGUUGCUCGAAUUGCCUGUUCAAAAUCUCCCAUUUACAUAACGUUAGCAGGUCGGUAAUAAAGCACUAUAGUUAGU